AUGGAGCGUCUGAGCCUGCACCAGGGCAACCUGCCUUUAAAAAACGCGGUGAUUCAGUUUAUUGGCGGCGCCAUUGCGCUGGUUACCGGUCAAUCCGGUGGUCGCGAGGGGCCUGCGAUUCAUCUGGGCGCCACCGCCGCGAGCUUGCUUGGGCGCGCGUCCAGACUACCGAACAACAGUCUACGCACCAUGGUGGCGUGCGGUACUGCUGCUGCCAUCGCCAGCAGCUUCAAUACGCCUAUUGCCGGUGUCAUUUUUGCAAUGGAAGUGGUGAUGAUGGAAUACACCAUUGCCAGCUUUAUCCCGGUUAUCGUUGCUGCGGUAACAUCAACUCUGAUCACGCAGUUUGUGUACGGCAAUGAACCGGCUUUUAUCGUUGCUCCCUCAACCAUGCAUUCGCUGUUCGAAAUUCCCUACCUGGUUCUAGGUGGCAUCCUCAUUGGCUGUAUCGCCGCAGGUUACAUCCAGUUAAUCCAGGCGUUUGCCCGUUUGUCAGAACAGCCUUUAUGGCAACGCAUCGUCAUGGCCGGCGCAAUCACUGCAACCGUUGCGGUAUUUGUGCCACAGGUUAUGGGCGUCGGUUACGACACGGUGAACCAGUUAAUGGUUUCUGAAGUAUCGAUCGUGGUGCUGUUAUUGAUUUUAUUGGCAAAAGUGGUCACCAGUGCCGCAGCGGUCGGUUUAGGAAUGCCUAUCGGUUUGAUUGGCCCAAGCCUGUUUAUCGGAGCGAUCCUCGGUAGCUUAUUUGGCAGUUUGCUGAUCAGUUGGGAAGUUGCCGAUGUUUCUCUCGGGCUGUACGUUAUGUUGGGUAUGUGCGCGAUGAUGGCUGCCGUUUUACAGGCACCCCUGGCGGCGUUAAUGGCGGUGAUGGAACUGACCGCCAACACCAAUAUUAUUUUGCCGGCAAUGGUUAUAAUCGUCGUGGCCACCAUGGUCACCAGCCAGGUUUUCCGGCAGCGCUCUGUGUUCAUCACCACGCUAAACACCUUGGGCCUGCAAUAUCCGCCUAACCCGGUAACACUGCAUCUGCAGCGGGUUGGCGUCACCGCCAUCAUGGACAGAUCUUUUGUGCGCCUGCCAUCACAGAUCAGUGUAUCCGAGGCGGAGGAAACGCUUGCAAAAAAACCGCACUGGAUCAUCGUCGAGGACAAAGACGCUUUGCCCACUGCGGUGCUGAACCCAUCCGACCUGGCCGCUUUUGUUGAACUCAGGCAAACACGAGAGUCUGAGCAAUUAGAGUUGAUUGAAGACCAGGCGGAUGAAAAAAUCCGCCUCUUACAGAUACCCGGUCAGCGCAUGGAUGUGACCACCAUUGGCGCAGAGGCCACGGUGAUGCAGCUGCAGGAACUGCUGGACAAGACACAAUCUGAAGCCUGCUGCGUGACUCGCACCACCGAACACGUCGGCAUGACCUUUUACUUGUGGCUUAAAGCUUUCCACAUCAUCUUCGUUGUCACCUGGUUUGCGGGCUUGUUUUACAUGCCGCGGCUGUUCGUCUACCACUCUGGCGCAACUGACGAGGUCAGCAGAGAACGCUUCAAAGUGAUGCAGGCCAAACUCUACAAAAUCAUCAUGAACCCCUCGAUGAUCGCAACCCUGGUACUAGGCACAUGGCUUCUGAUCGAAAGCUGGCAGGCAUUUUCCGCCCAGGGAUGGAUCUGGCUAAAGUUAUUAUUUGUCAUCGCACUGAUCGGAUAUCAUCAUUACUGCCUGCGGAUCAUCAAAGCGUUUGCCGAUGAUCGUGCCCUCCACAGCGAAAAGUUUUACCGCAUCUUCAAUGAACUACCCUCCCUGGUAUUGGUGGCUGUGGUGAUUCUGGUUGUGGUUAAACCUUUUUAA